AUGGCUGGUAUACCUCCGUUCCCGUCAUUCGACAUAGAAGCCGAUAAAUCUAGCGCUGCCCACAGAUGGAACAAGUGGUGGGGGACUGGAAAAUUUGCUCAUGAUGAUUAUUGCUAUGCUUUAAAGUCCAACGUGUCGAAAACACCAAAAUCAAAUGUAAAUAUCAUACGACGUGCAGAUACAAAAGAGAUUGAAUUUGGUAUCUCGUCUGCUUCCGAAAUAUUUCAAGAGACAAUUAAAUCUGUUAUUCAGGAUAUCGAAGGGACAAAAAACAUAUCUGAUGAUAUAAUAUGCUUUGCAAAAUCUCAACAUGAACACGACAAAGUAUUGGACAAAGUCUUCUGUAGACUUCAUGGAAAGGGACUCACAUUAAACAAAUCCAAAUGCGAGUUUAAUAAAACAGAAAUUACUUUCUUUGGUGUAGUAUUUGGCAAAGAUGGAAUUUCAGCUGACCCUGUCAAAGUGAAAGAAAUUAAAGAAAUGCUACCACCAAAAACAGUAACGGAGUUGAAAAGCUUUCUAGGAAUGACAAGCUACUGUUCUCGUUUCAUCAAAAACUAUGCAACAAUAACCGAUCCCUUGAGAAAACUUACGAGAAAAAACACAGACUGGCAAUGGGCAGAAACUGAACAAGCUGCUUUCCAAGCACUGCAACAUGAACUGUCUAGCGAUACUGUCAUGAGAUAUUAUAACCCAUCAAAAGCAACAGAAAUUUACACAGAUGCGAGCCCAUGUGGUGUGUCAGCUAUAUUUACACAAGAAAAAUGGCAUUGUCGCAUAUGCUAG